AUGGUUCCAUACGGGGAGAACGAAGGCAGGAUGAGCACACCGGAUCUGCACAUGUUGAUCGAAACUCGAAUACCAGAACAACGAAAUCAGAUGGAAAAUACAGCCGCGAGUUUGAAUGAACUCGCCGCCUAUUUGGAGCAUAAUUAUAUCACCUCAAAGGUUGGAUUCCUUGGAUUCCAAGUGGUUCUCAUUUUUUUCAUUGAAGGAUAAAGAUUUGGCGUUCAAAAAGACACAAAAUGACGCUUUGCAGUCGUUGGCAAGUGUCGCCUAUCAAAUUAAUACUUUGGGAAGGUAAAUUGUGAUAAUUUCGAACUUUUCAUGGUUUUAUGAUCUCAGAGACCUUCUCGACAUGCUCGACCUGCAAACCGAGAAAAUUAACCAUUUAACGCACCAGGUUAAACUUGUGAAUGAGGUAAAAAUUAUCUAUAUGAAAGAAUGAAAUGGAAUUUAAGGUGGUAAAUAUCCAAAAGGAAAAAUCGGCAAGGAGAGAGAUUGGAUAUUUAACAAAAGGGAAGCUUUUGAUAAAGCAUCCGAAGAUUUUGGAUCCAGGUAUACAGAUGAAGGUUUCUUAGCUCUAGAAAUAUUUUUAAAAAAAUUCGAUACAUUUCUAGGAGACGGUCCCUCGCUAUAAAAGAACGCCGAUCGAUUACUCAGUACUCGAUAAUUUGGGACACGGUGUUCGUUCGGAGCCGCCACGUGCAGGAGUGGUUGGUUUCAAAGAAAUUUAUCGUUUUUAUUGACUUUUUUUCGCAGAUUUCCCGAGCAGCUUCAUCGAUUUCUGGCAGUGGGCCGCAUUUUAGAGAUUACGGGAACGGUCAAAAUUAUGCGGCUUACGGCCCGUCGAUGCAGUAUGAGCAGAGGACCGCUAAUAUUAAUAAUACUGUGGGUUUUAAUAUUGAAAAAAAGGGAGAUUUUUUUUUGUUCAUUUUUUCAGAAUUCUCAAUUUUAAACCAUUUUUCAUUGUGCUGCUAUUUUUAGAUUUAGAUUUUUUUCAUAUUUUAUUGCUCUACUGCCAUUGUAUCAUUGAUUUAUAACUUUGGAUUGGAUUAAUUGUUAAAUUUUCAGUUGGGACGCAAUUCGAUGCGCAGUGGUCACCUAUCCAUGGCGCCGUCGGAUUAUCGUGUUCCUCAGGUUUUUCUUUAUUUUUUCAGAAAAUAAUCUUAAUUUUUUGAAGGUGAACAUGGGAAGCCACCACAAUUCGGGCUCGGAUUACGGUACAAUGAUGUCGGAUCAAUACGGCGGCAGUCAGUACGGCGCCAGCGAGUACAGUAGUUAUCCUUCGGAUCGAUACGGUCAGUCCCCUUCGAAAAUAGAGAAAAUAUUAAUUUUCAAGUUUUUUGAAAAAUAAAUAUAUUCAAAGGCCGCGUUCGAAAUGAUUUUUCAAGCAGGAUUUUUGAAACAUAUGUUUCCCUGCUUUUUCGUAUGGUACUUUUUAAGAAGAUCUAUGAAAAAAAGAGAAAUCAAGGCAAGUAGAAAACAUGGGAGUUUUUUUAUUUGAAUCUGACGUCAUUUUUGAACCAGAAAGUUUCCAUUUUUUAACUGUUUCUAUAAAAGAGGAAUAAAAAUCUAUUUUUGGCCAACUUGAAAAUGAUUUUUUUGCGUGGAUUUGGCGGGAAGCUUGAAGUCUAAUUUUUUAUAGUCACAUUUUUUUAUUGUUUUUACCUAUUUCUGAAGGUGUUUUAAUAAUUUUUGCAAGUCUCUAUCAAGUCACAUUUUCGAAAAAUUCGCUCUAUUUUGAACUAUUCAUUUACUGAAUUUGUUAAAAUUAAAGUUAAUUACCUUUUGCCAAACAUCCUUUUCGUCUUUCAAGUAUCCAAAAUUUGACUGAAUCGAUUCGAUUUUAAGAUUGCAAAGGUGUUUUGAGCAUUUUUCACGUCUUUUAAUUGAGUUGAACUUUGCCAAUCUGCUCAUUUCUCCUUGGAAGUUCCCGGAAAUUGACUGAAACGAUUCGGUUCCAAGAUUUUUGAGGGUGAUUCGCCUUUAAGGUCUUUUCAUCGAGUUAAACUUUGCCAAUCCCCUUUCAAAUCGGCAAAAAGAUGAUUUUUAGGGACGAUCCGCGCGAAUGGAGGCUCGACUGUUGGCCACCAAGGCCAUCCGAGAAGCUCGCUUUUCGCGGCGAUGGACAGCACGACGACGGUGGCGAGCAUGGGCAGCAGUGGAAGCGGCGGCGUCGCGUCGCGUGGCCAUCAUUCGUCGACGGACUCGCGGCCCGAUUCGCCGGGACUCCCGCUGCCGCCGCCGCAGCUCUCCGCGCAGUCUCAGCACUACGGAGGGUACAUCCCGCCUGGCACUAUGAACGGCCAUCGGGCCUUCACCUCUGGGGGUGAGGAGGAGAUUUUUGGAUUCAGGAGGCUGUACACUGGAUAUUAAAUUCAAAGUACAACAAUUCUUGAUUUUUUUUUUAAUCUUUGGAAUUAACGUUAAAAUAUCUUUCAUCCUCUAAAAACUAAAGCUGAAGUUAGUUUACUCGUAAGCCUUUCAAGCUCUAAGAUUUCCCUAAACCACUUGAAUUCAUUAUUUUCAGUUAUAUCUUUUGCAGCAGAACUUCCGCCACCUCCGGAUUCUCUCCUCCGGUCGAUCCACGAAGACGAACUGCCGCCUCCGCCGCCGCCGGCCUCCAGUUACGGCGCCGUGAGAAGCAUCGGCUCGCACAGCAGCGGCACCAUCGGAGGAGCCGAUCUGCCGCCUUUCGGCAUGACUCCCAGCGAGGCGUCCCUCACGGUCAACAACUUCUUCGACAGUACGGCUGGAUGGGUGCCGCCGGACGAGUAUAUGGAGAAAGGUUGGUUAGAGUUUUGAAUGAGGAAGGGGACGGCUUUUUAAAUAUUAGAAUAUAUUGCCCGGGAGACCAGGUUGGCGUAGAAAAGUCCCUUCGAGCCGCCAGAAAAGGACAAUAAUUCGAUUAAAAAUUCUCAGAUUUCUGUUUCAAGGUUCAGAAGCCUUCCAUGACCUUAAGAAUACUGAAAAAGACUUCCAGUCUUGAUAAACUCAGAAAAAAAUUAGUCCAUAAAUAAAUUAAAGUAAAACACCAAUUUUUCGGAAAAAUUAUUUUUUUCUAGUCCAGCAAACAUGACUGAACUUGAAUUAACUGCAUAUUUGAGAAAAAUUUCUUAGAUUUAUAGGAAGAAAAAAAGCCGCGAAAAAAAUGGCGAAGUUUCAAUCGAGCGGGUUUUGAGGAGAAAAAUCAAAAAAUAUUUCUCGUUUCUUUUGGCAAUAAUUUUGAAAUUUUCUCCUUACCAGAGUCCGAUUUUUAAACUUUUUGGGUCUUUGUUUAUUCAUCUCUAUAAAUUAAUUUCAUAGAAAAAAAUUACACAAAACUAAAUCUUUUUCAAAAUGAGGGUAGCAACUUUCAAGAAGGCCUCGAAACAGGGAAGCUGGUUUUCGUUGUCAAAAGAAUUUCUUGCGUUUGAAAAAAACUUCCUGGAAAUGAACUUUGAACUUUGAGGAUACCCGGUUUCAGAAAAAAAAUCACAUUCCAAAUGGCCUCAAAAAGUAGAAUCUAGAGCUUAUUUUUGAGUUCCUAAAAAGCUGUCAACAUUUUCUCCGAACUUCCUUUUUUCCGCUUUUUUUUUCAAAAGAUCCUUUUCUGAAAAAAUUCAAGAAUAUAAGCAGCCUGCGAGGCCUUUUUUUAAAGUUCUUUUUGCUUCUUUUGGACUUUGCCUCUGGAAGGACCAAAAAAAAUUUUUGGAAAAAAGGCCUUAAAGGCGCCUUUUCUUUUUGACCUUUUUCUGAAAAGGAACCUUUAAGUGGGAAAAAAAGAAGACGGAAAGAAGGGGUCCCUUUGACACCUUUCGAAUUUCGAAAAGGGACACUAGACUUCUUUUUGAGGUCGUUUGGACGUUGCCUGCUUUCUGAACUUUUCCCGUGCUAUAUAAUAUUCUUUACCUUCUCCCAAAAUCCAUUUUCAGCCUUGGUCCUGUACGAGUACGUUGCCAAGAAGUUCGAUGAACUAACUUUGCGAGAAAAUGCCGUCGUCUACGUGUUGAGAAAGAACGAAGACGGCUGGUUCGAGGGCGUUUUGGACGGAGUUACCGGCCUUUUCCCUGGAAACUAUGUCCAAACUAUCAUGUGA